AUUAUCAACAUUAACUUGACUUAUGAGAUUUUAUUUCGUUCCUACUCGAUUUAAACAAUUAAUUAAAUGAAUAAUUGUUACUCUAAACGAUUAGAACUUGCAUAGAAGAGACUAGUUAAUACGACAAUUUAAAUUUGUUUUGAAUUUUUAGGAAAAUACUGAAAUAAAACUAAGGUCAGAAAAGCCUACGAACGGCGUAGUUUGUUUUGUCUUCUUGGGCAGUUGCCUGUGCAAGUAGACUAUAGAGAAGUCAGAUUUGUGGACAGAACUUCGAAAUUAAUUUUCGUUUCUUCCAGUUUUCAGAUAUUCGUCUACGCAAAAGAUGUCAUUGAAUAAUUGUAUUUUCUGUAAGAUAAUAUCCGGUGUUUCACCUGCUAAAAUAAUUUACCAAGAUUCAGAAGUAAUUGCUUUUCAUGAUAUCAAACCUGUGACAAAGUUUCAUUUCUUGGUAAUACCAAAACAUCAUUAUGACAGUGUGAAUGUAUUAGAUGCAAGUAAUAUUGACCUAGUGGAAAAUAUGGUCGAUACUGCUAAAAGAGUAUUAGAAGGAUUGGGAGGCGAUUUGAAGGAUGUCCGGUUAGGCUUUCACUGCCCUCCUUUUAAUUCUAUUAAACAUUUACAUCUUCACUGUUUGUCUCCUGUAGAAAACAUGUCUUUUCUCCAUAAAUUAAUGUUUAGACCUAACUCUUGGUGGUUUUCUUCAGCAGAUCAAAGUAUUGAUUAUCUCAAGAGCAAAAUCUAAGAUGCAGAAGGACAAUUUUGAUGAAGUAUGCAGUUAACAUUGCAAGGAUUGGUCAUUUAUCUAGUUUUUUUUUUAGUCAGGACAAAUAUAUUUUACCUGUUUUA